AUGGCGCCCUACGCGAAAGAACUCGAGAUCGCCCAGCUCGCCGUCCAGCGCGCCGCCAUCCUCACGAAGCGCGUCUUCCACGAAAAAGCCAAGGGCACCGUCGACAAGAACGACAAGUCUCCCGUCACCAUUGGCGACUUUGGCGCCCAGGCCCUCAUCAUCGCCGCCCUGCGCCACCACUUCCCCGAAGACGAGAUUGUCGCCGAGGAGGAGGCCGCCCAGCUGCGCGAGGACGACAAGCUCAAGAACCAGAUCUGGGACCUCGUGCGCGAGACGCGCCUCCGUGACCCCGCCGCCGAGCAGCGCCUCGGCGGCGGCAUCCAGACGGCCGACGAAAUGCUCGACCUCAUCGACGCCGGCAACAGCAAGGGCGGCGCCCAGGGCCGCAUCUGGGCCAUCGACCCCAUCGACGGCACCAAGGGCUUCCUGCGCGGCGGCCAGUACGCCGUGUGCCUCGGCCUCAUGGUCGACGGCGACGUCAAGGUCGGCGUCCUCGGCUGCCCGAACCUGCCCGUCGACGACGCCGCGCCGCUGACGGCCGACAUGGGCGCCAACGCCACCGACGACGAGGGCCGCGGCGUGCUCUUCUCCGCCGUCCAAGGCCAGGGCGCCACCUCCUUCCCCCUGCGCGACGGCGCCCUCGCCCUCGCCGCCGCCGCCGACGCCCGCGCCAUCGCCAUGCGGCCCCUGUCCGACAUGGCCGCCGCCACCUUCUGCGAGAGCGUCGAGGCCGGCCACAGCGCCCACGGCGACCAGGCCCAGAUCGCCCAGCGCCUCGGCAUCACCCGCCCCAGCGUCCGCAUGGACAGCCAGAGCAAGUACGGCAGCAUCGCCCGCGGCGCCGGCGACAUUUACCUGCGCCUGCCCAUCUGGGACCACGCCGCCGGCGACCUCAUUGUGCGCGAGGCCGGCGGCCACGUCACCGACAUUGCCGGCCAGAGGCUCGACUUCUCCGUCGGCCGCACCCUCGCCAAGAACAAGGGCGUCGUGGCCGCCCCGGCCGCCGUGCACGCCGAGGUGCUCAGGGUCGUGCAGGAGGUGCUGAACCAGAAGACGGCGGCGUAG